UGCACACUCCGCUCAGAGCACACACGCCCAACCGCGCACGCGAGUCUCCCGCCGCUACGAUCGCGAUUAUCAAACAAAAAUAAACUAAGCUUCAGAAUAUUUUAUAAACAAAUAUGACCGCCUAAGGACAUCAAGAUGUCGUUCUGUAGAAUAACAGGCCGCAGCAGAGGGCUGCCCAAGCCCAAUUAUUUUCCACUUUUGGCCCCCAUCUCACCGGCUGACGCUAAACGAUGCUGCAGGAUUACGGGAAAAUCUUAUGGGCUGCCUUCACAUCACUACAUUCCAGUACUUCUAACUGCCCGCUCGUCGAAGGCAAAAUGUAAGAUAACUAACGUUUCUGGCGAAUUGGGACCACACCACUACUCACCUGAGAUUAACUACGGCAACAGAAAACAUGAACUGCUCCCUGACUACAGAUAUAUUUUCCCUGUACUUGAUGGAUCUACCGAGGCGCAGAAAAGCUUAAUGGAAUUGUUAUUGGGUAAACAAGUGACUGAAGAUAAACGUUACGUGUAUACAGUGCAAGAGAGAAGAUGCAGCUUGGUGUUUUCCGCUCAAAUGGAAGCAGCCGUGCGUGACGGUGACGUCAGAGACGUUAUGCUGGCUAAGGACUCCGAUACAGUGUUAAUUAAAACAAAACAUGGACGUAGUGUAUCUAUGGAUUUCAAGGACUUCACCGAGGAUGUUGAAAUGUUUGAGGGUGAAGGACCAAAUGCUGAAGUGUUAAAACAGAGAGAAAUUGAGGAACUGGAAGAGAGAAAGAAGAAAAGGAAACGUACUGCUGGACUAUCUUCUAUGAAGAAAAUAUUUGAAAAUAAAGAAAAAUUAGCAGAAGUGCAAGAAUUGGAAGAAGAAAAGCUACGAGUUGAACGAAAAGCGAAAAAAGCUAAGUUUGAAGAAAUUAAACAUGACGUCAAAACAUUCAGUUACAACAGCUUUGAUGCGCACCAUAUGCGAUCCAAAUCAAGCAUUAUUACUUGUACAAGUGAAUGGAGGGACCAAAUGCACCCACUUAUUGAAACUUGGGAUUGGGAAACAUUUGAAAAAGAUGUAACUGACGAUCGUGUCUCACCUAAAGUAACAAAAUUGCCAACUCCGGUAAAAAUAACACCACAUCAUUGCGAUGCCGAAAUUUAUGAAGUAGACCGUAACAUUGGCGAAGUGUCCAUACCAUUGGAAAGUGUACCAUGUGUUAAUCCAUUAAAACCAAUAAAAACUCGUCCAGCUGAAACAAUUUUAAGUGCCGUGAAGGAAAUACCAAAAGAACGUUUAACUGAUACUGCUGAAGUAAUCGAAAAAUUAAUGGAAAGUGAUAAAGUUGACAUGCUGCCUACGAUGGAAAAUCUCUACGAAGUCGUCAAAAAUAUCAAAAAAGGAAAGCGAGAAAAAGUUGCGAAAAUUUCUGGACUCACUUUAGAUAUAAAUAAAGCAAAGACGUUUAUUCCUGGGCAAGUUGUUAAUACGCCACAAGGACCUAUUUUCGUGCCCGGUCAAACCGUUGAAACGCCAGUUGGCCCUGUUUUUGUUCCUGGCUUAAGUGUAAAUACUCCUCUGGGUCCGGGACUGAUACCUGGGCACAUUGUUACCAAUGAAAACACAAAUGAUCCAUUCUUUCUUGCCGGUCAAGUUCUACAUACAUCAAACGGCGAGGAAUUUGUUUGUGGACAAACAAUGAAAAACAAAGAUGAUACAUAUCGCUUUGCUGAAGGUCAAACAGUCUUAUCCGAAGAGGGACUGAAAUUCGUUCCUGGAAAAGUUAUUAACACCGGUCCAGAAGAAGUUUUUGUUCCCGGGCAAACUAUUAUGGCGCCAGAGGGAGUGCAGUUUGUUCCCGGCCAAACAAUAACAGAACAUGGUAGUGUGACCUUCACCCCUGGACAAAACGCUAAGAUUAAUAAUGAGUGGCAGUUUGUGCCCGGUCAAGUGCUACAUCAGGAAGAUGAGUUACAUUUCGUACCAGGAGCCACAAUAGCUACACCUAACGGUCUAAAAUUUGUUCCAGGCCAAACCGUUGCUAUUGAUGGUGAAACUUGUUUUAUUCCUGGAAUCACUAAAACAAGCAGUGACAACAAACUAGAGUUUGUUCCCGGAACCACUGUUGAAACAAUCGAUGGCCCGAAGUUUAUUGAAGGACAAAUAGUUCAUACUGAUUGUGGUGAAAAAUUCAUGCCUGGAAAAACUAUUGUUCUAGCUGAUGGACACGUAGAAUUUUCUGUUGCUAAGUCUAUAGAAGACAUUACAUUCAGCGAAGGGGCUCCAGUUGGACUUCCGAUUGAUAUAAGAACAUGUUCUCUGUCUGAAGAAUCUUUGUACGUUUUUGGACACAUGGUGCAGACAGCAAAAGGAAUUGAGUUUUACCCUGGCCCAAGAAUGCCAAAAUUGGAAGGAAAGGUCGUACCAGGAAGACUAGUCAAGAAUGAAGCUAAUGAAUCACGAUUUGUGCCCGGUAUGAUGGUUGAGGGUAUUUUUGUACCUGGUCAAAUAGUAUUCACAGAAAACGGAGAGCAAUUUGUACCAGGACAAGUAGUUGAUACUGCUGAUGGACCCAAGUUUGUUCCUGGACAAGUGGUAAAUACUAAGUCUGGACCUAAAUUUGUUCCCGGUCAGACAAUACAUACAAUUGAUGGCCCACGUUUUGUACCUGGACAAAUUAUUGAAACUAAAGCUGGUCCAACUUUCAUCCCCGGUCAAGUAAUCUCCACAGAAGAUGAAGGCUCGAGGUUUGUGCCUGGACAAGUAGUUGAUACUGAAGAAGGUCCAAGAUUUGUUCCGGGCCGAGUAAUUGAAACAGAUGACAAUGGUGUUACAUUUAUACCUGGACAAAUAGUACAGACACCGGAAGGAUUGAAGUUCGUUGCUCCCGAUCUCACCGAAGGUGACGAGGGACUAGAGUUCUCCGUACAAAGUUUCGUGGUCACACCUGAAGAGCUGAAAUUGUUAAAAGUUAAGACAAACCCAAAUGAUACGACUUCUACGAAAGGAGAACUAACUAUUGACACAAAUAUGUUACGUCAACUUUCUGAGGCUGGAAUGUCUAUUGGAAGACAGGUUCCAGCUGAAUUACCCGCUAUCAAUGUCGUAUUAAAUCAAACAAGAAAUGCUGAGGCUUUAAAAGCUUUUGUCACUGAUUUUGGAUUAAAAGAUGAAGUAGCAAAUCAAUUAAUGGACGUGAUUACUUCUAUUAUCGAAAUGAGCGCCCAUCUGAAAACAGAAAUUCGUGAAAACCACAGAGAAGAUGGGACUAAUGAAACGAAAAAGAAAAGUAGCAAAAAGCGAAUGGAAAUACAAGACAUUGGUUAUACUGGUGGCAACGGUCAAUCUGCACAACAAGAGCAUGUCAAAAAUUCUAUUGCUGCUGCCGUGCUAGCUGCUUUAGUCACCGCUGAACAGUUCGAAGAAGUCAAUAAUAAUAAUAGUAAAGAGAAGUACCAGAUGAUCCUCAAAUCUAUUGAUACCAUUUUAGGUAAGACCAUAGAUGAAGACCUCGUAUCGGCUAUGUUUAGUAUACUACAAAAAGAAGAAGACAAAGAAAUUCUGUGUGAAGAAAUCCUUGAGAACUCAUCUCAGCCAAAAGUUGAGUUGAUUAAGAUUGCUGUGAACAGUUCAUUGCAAAAGCAAAACUUAACUGAAGAUGAUAUUAUUGAGAAGUUCGGAGACUACUUGAGCAGUGAAAAUGAAGUGCUAGGUCCAGCAUUCAAAAAUAUUUCUAAGAAUGAUACUAGCCUACUUCAUCAUGUUCUUGGUCGCAUAUCAGAAUCUAUCUCAUUCGUCAAAACAGACCGAGAAGUCACAGAUACUCUACAAAAGGCAAUUGUGUGCGCCGUGCAGGAGGCCAGUAGCAAAGAAUUGGAAGUUCUGUUCCAAGAUAAAGAUAAGGAAAGUUUAAAAGAGUUAAUUAUACAAUCCGUGGGACUGGCUAGAAUUCUUGGAAUGAGAGAUGUUGCUGCCAACUUGAUGUCAGUUGUAAACGACGAAGACAGCAUGUCUAAAAUAGCAAGUGACCCCACAAGUCUAAACAUUCUAAAGAGACUGACUGUCAUGAGGAAACUAGCGGAUAAGACGCCGAGCUUGCAUUCCGCCUUACGCAAACUGGAGACUGAUCCAUCACUGGCUCGUACAGAUCCUAAACUAAGGGAUCUAGUACGAGAAAGUGCCGCGUUGAUGAUAGUUCCUGAGGAAACUCCCCUGAUGACAUCUGAAGAUGUUCCAUUGAAUUUGCUGGACCCAGAAAACAGUCUUGCAAUGGAAGACUUUUUAUUCCAAAGAAGGAAACAAAAGGGCGCUUUAUUGAUUAUGAAGAAAGGUUUGCAAGCCGUAGUUCCUCGUGAAGCUAGCCGCGCUGUGCUUACUGGCGAAGUUGCAUACACAGUACUUGAUGAAAAUGGAAUCCGACACUUUGAACCUUUGCACGUAUUCUCGGCGUUAAACCUUAGCCAGCCAACAGCACAUCGUUUCUCUAUGUACAGUUGUCCAGUAGUCGAUGAUGAUGACGAGGACUUGCAGUCAUUCACCGGUUACUGCAACAUAAGCAAUAAUCAGAAGAUUACCAGACUCGGUGGUUGGUCACGCAGAUACAGCGGUGUUCUUUUAGACAGAGAGAAUACAAGAAGUCGAAUGAGUAGUUUAGAGACUACACCUAGUUAUAAACGAUACCCUAGUCGAUCAAUGUCCAGUUCCAGAUCUAGAUCUAGUUGUAGUAGGAGUCCGCCUAAGGUAGAAGAUGUUGUGGUAGCAUCAGCUGACUACUCAGCUGUUGCCGACGAUGAAGUGUCUCUAAAGGCGGGCGACAUUGUAGAAGUUCUCGACACUAAGUCAGCCCUCGGAUCAAAGGCGCCCCGGCUCGACCCAGACCUGGACGUUCAAGCCGAACUGUUGGACGCCAGCGCCGCCAAGCACAAGAUCGCUGUACGACCCAAGAAGAACCAUCCUAGGAAAAAGACGGGGUCUGCUAAGACUGAGGACGCAGGAAGAUGGCUGGUGCGCGUGAUAGAGGACGUGCAGGGCGGCGAGCUGCGCACGCGACAGGGGUACGUCCCCGCGCACGUGCUCAUGGAGAAGCAGACCGCUGAGAGGGACCAGACCGCGCUGGCCGCGAGGAGACAGGCCGUGGUACGAGAGCUGGUAGAGACAGAGGAAGAGUUUGGUCGCGACAUGCAGCAAGUAGUCUCCCGGUACAUGAAGCCCAUCGACAAGGCCACCACGCCCAAAGCCGUGUUCGACAACCGAGAGCUGCUGUUCUCCAACUUCAGGCAGAUCUGCGAGUUUCAUAAUACGGUCCUACUAGAAGGCAUCAAAUACUACGCGAGCGAACCGAAAAUGCUCGGGCGAGCACUAUUACGAAUGGAGCGCGAAUUCGACAAGCACGUCGGCUACUGCCGCGACGAGCCGAGGGCACAGCAUCUGCUGGCCACUAACCCUGUCGUCAAUAAAUACUUCCAGGAUUUAGCAGACAGCCUCAGGGACGACAAAGGUAUCGCCGAACAUCUAAAGCUUCCUAUUCAAAGAAUCAACGACUAUCAGCUAUUGCUUAAGGAACUCGUAAAAUACUCCAAACGGCUAGGCGAAGACUGCACUGACCUCCAGAAAGCCUUGGAACUCUUCCUCAGCGUUCCGAAUCGUGCUACCGACAACAAAUUCAUCGCUAGCAUCGAAGGCUUUCGCGGUAACAUCUACAAGCUUGGACGUCUGCUCACCCACGACUGGUUUACCGUCACCGACGCCGAAGGGAAGGCGAGAGAGAGAUACGUCUUCCUCUUUAAGGCGAGAGUCCUCGUUUGUAAAGUCAAGAGGGUCUCGGAUGAUCGCUCCGUGUUUGUGCUGAAGGAUAUUGUCAAGCUACCGGAGGUUGAAAUCAAGGAAAACCCUGCCGAACCGCUUAAGUUCCAACUCUACCAGAAGGAUCCACCGCUCGCUGUAACACUUGCCGCACAUAAGGAGCAAGUCAAGAACAAUUGGCUCGGGGAAAUCAGAAAACACGCUAGUGACGUCGUUGCGCUAGCCGAACACGCAGCAGACGACCUUCAGCUUCUACCAGCAGAAGCGGCUCCAGCCGAACCUGAAGAGAAAAAGAAGAAGAGAGAUCACGCUGAGGUCACUCAAGCAGAAGCAGUAGAUACCAAAGAAAAACGCUCUCGCGUAGAAGCUACUACUACUCAAGUAGCAACCACUGAGGAAGCCCAACAACUCAAAACUAAAAGAAAAGCGUCGAUAGAAUCUGAGGUAGCCACUAAAAUCUCCAAAUCUGAAGUAACAGAAGUAUCUUCGGUUAGCGAGGCACAGGAAUCUGUUAAAGUCAGCUCAGUUAGCGCUGCAAAGAGUGAAGUCAUAAGCGGUUCGGAAACUGUAUCUUCUGUGACCGUAGAAAGUUCGAAAGUCACUGAGAAAACCGCGUCAGCUUCACAAUCCGCGCAAAGCAGCCAAGUUACAGUAGUAGCGGCUGCAUCAGAAGUUAAAGUUGCACAAGCGACUUCUGUGCAAACUUCACAACAAACAUCAGUUCAAAGUACAACUGUUGAACAAUCGGCUCAAGAGAUAAAAGUAGCAAGUGCUCAAAAAUCAUCAGUUACUGAACAGUCAACAGUUGAAAGCACAGCUCAAAAAUCAACAAGUGCUCAGCAAUCUAAAACUGAAGCAUCUAGUGUAGAAUCUAAACAAGAAGUCACAUCGGAGAAAACAUCGUCCGUUGAACAAUCUAGUAAACAAGAAUCAGUUUCUGAACUUAAAACACAAACUUCUGUCAAAGAAACAGUUCAGGAAACUGUCGUAGCGUCUCAACAGUCUAAUGUACAGGAAGUUAAAACCCAACAAUCUGUAGUAGAAGAAAGUAAAGAGAGCACAGAACAAAAGGCCAGUACCACUGGCGUCGAAUCUCAACAACAAGUUGUAGGUAACGGUCAAACUGUAACCGCAGAGGAAGUCGUUGAAGACGAGAUGUCUAGGUAUAGCCGCAGUUCGCGGCUCACUGGAGAGUACUCCAGUAGCAGCCGAACAUUAUCAAGUGGGGGUCGCUACGAGUCGUCGUCUACAUACGACAGCGGCAGCGGCCUGACGUCAUCAUACUCGCGACGUGAAAGCGGAUCGCGUUUAGAAGCCUCCAAGUACGAGUCAGGUGGAGCCUUAGAAGGAACCGCCUCUUCUCGCUACGAGUCUAAGUACUCUUCAAGAACCGAAGGAGGCUCCAAAUAUGGAAUAGAAUCCAGCUACGAAAGCAAGUCUGAGUCUGGAUCGAAAUAUGGUACUGAAUACGAUGCCGCCAGCAAGCUUGACAGCAUUGCAUCUAAGUAUGGAAUCGAAUCUAACAUUGAAAGCAAAACUGAAAGGUCAGCUUACGCUAUUGAGGGCGACUCAGCGAGCAAGAUUGACAGCAUUGCUUCAAAGUACGCUUCUAAAAGAAAUAGCAUCAAGUCUAGCUUAGACAGUGAUAAGAUCGAGGCAAGUCUAGAAGCAAAAUACGAAAGUAAGAUCGAAAGCUCUACCUACGGUAUUGAGUCAGAUACCACGAGCAAGAUUGACAGCAUCGCCUCUAAGUAUGCUUCUAAGAGAAACAGCAUCAAAGCCAGCAUUGACGGCGACAAGAUUGAAUCCAUUUCGUCGAAGUCCGAAAGUAGCUAUGAGACAGUCAAAAAUGGAGGCUCCUCUUACGAAAGCAGGUCUUCUAAGAAAUCUAUAGCCAAUGGCUCAGUUAGCACUGGCUAUGAAACUGCCAGGUCCAUUUCUAAAUCUGAAUCUCAAGAUGGCAAGCCAGUCUUCGAGAAGACUUUACAAGGCCAGAACAUUGAGCCCGGCGAGAACGCCGUCUUCGAAUGCCUUCUGCGCGACGCCAAGGAUGUCAAGGUCAAAUGGUUGAAGGACAACAAGCCCAUGGGCGACCGCCUCAUGGACCGUUGUUCCAUCUCCAUUGAGAACGAUGGCAGCUUCAAGUUGGAACUCAAGCACUGCAGGGAGGAAGACGCGGGAGUCUAUACCGCUAUUGCUGAAAAUGUGAAAGGAAAUGCCCAUUGCACGGCUCAGUUAGUCGUGCAGGAGUUGACUCCUGAAGAGCGCAAGGAGAGGAAUGCUCUGAAGGCGCCCUACUUCCUCGUGGCUCUGAAGGAUACUGAGAUUAUGGAGAACACGUACUUGCGCUUCAUGGUCAAUGUCAAGGGCGAUCCCAAUCCUGAGGUCAAGUUCUACCGUGACGACAAAGAAAUUCUGACAACUUCAGAAUCAGACCGCGUGUCGAUCAUCCGCACUCGUGCAGACCGCGGCUGCUACGAGCUGGUCAUCUCCGAUGUCCUGCCUUCUGACGCCGGGAAGUACUCCUGCAAGGCUAUGAACAUCUACGGAGAAGUCACUUCGGAAGCCACCGUCACUGUUGUUGAUGACAAGAACAUCUUCGGUGAACUGCCACCAGGUGGCGAGGGUCUGCUGGCCAAAGGAGAGAAACCCACCUUCGUGUGGAAACGUGAUGGACAGAACUUUGAUCCUGAAGAAAGAUUUAAGGUGCUCCUAGGCGAUGAUGAAGACUCCCUAGCGCUGGUCUUCCAGCACGUGAAACCUGAAGACGCGGGCAUCUACACCUGUGUCGCCAAGACUAGCACCGGCAACAUCUCUUGCUCUGCUGAACUUACUGUGCAAGGAGCGGUCCACGAGCUGCACCGUGAACCAGAGAAGCCGACCCUCGUGAUAGAGCACCGCGAGGCGAUCGUGUCGGCCGGCGCCUCCGCCAUGCUGGAGCUGACCUGCAAGGGCUUCCCCAAGCCCACCGUCGUCUUCAAGCACAACGGCAAGGAUGUGGAAGCUGAUACCAGGCAUAAAUUCCUCUACGAGGACGAAGAGACCAUGUCCCUAGUUAUCAAGAACGUGUCGCAAGCUGACGCGGGCGAGUACCACGUGACCGCCAGCAACGAGCUCGGGGAAGACUCCACCACCAUGCAUCUCGUGGUCAAAGCUGCUCCCAAGAUCAAGAAGAAGAUUGAGAAUCAGACGUGUAUGGUGAGCUCCACUCACACCGUCACCAUCGAGAUCGAAGGCACCCCGGCCCCCGACGUGACAUUCUACAAGGAUGGAGUGGAACUCAAGAGCUCUGACCGCAUCCUCAUUGUGAAGGAGUCGGAUGAGGUGUACAAGAUCACCAUUAAAGACGCCAAGCUUACCGAUACUGGGUCUUAUUCUGUUGUUGCAAAGAACGAAGUGAACCAGUGUUCAGACUUCUGGCAGUGGCACGUGACGUCUCCGCCCAAGGUCACCAAGACCAUGGGCGGCAACAAGGUCUGCGAGGAGAAGGAGACCGUCACCUUCAAGGUCGAGACCGAGUCCGAGCCCGCACCUACUGUCGCUUGGUUCAAGAACAAAGUGGAGCUAACAGAGUCUUCAACAGUGAAGAUCUCGUCGUCCGGCGCGGCACACUCGCUCGUCAUCACGUCAGCAGCCCGCGCCGACGCCGGGGAGUACUCCUGCGAGAUCCGCAACAUCCACGGCAGCACGUCCGACUCGUGCGUGCUGAGCGUGAAGUCCGGCCCGCAGUUCACGCAGCGCCUCUCCGACCAGUCCGCUAGCGAGGGCGACAAGAACGUCGAGUUCACUGUCGCCGUCGAAGCCUUCCCGGAACCCACUGUCAAAUGGUACCUAGGCGACGUGGAGAUAACAGAGAAGAAGUCAGUGUUCACUCGCGUGGACAGCGGCAACACGCACAAGCUCAUCCUCAAGGAGGUGUCCGCCGAGUACUCCGGGAACUACUCCUGCCGCGUCUCCAACGUGCUGGGGGAGGACUCCUGCUCUGCUACGUUUACUGUUAACAGGAAGCCCCGUUUCACCAAGAGCUUAAUCGACAUGACGGUGGACGCUGGCCAGACUCUGAAGCUGGACGUGGAAGUGGAAGGCUGCCCCGAGCCCAAGGUCAAGUGGUACAAGGACGGCAAGGAGGUCACCACUGACGCCAGGAUUAAGAUCGAAAGGGACACUAAGAGAUUGGAGAACUAUCACCUCACAGUGACUCUGGUAAAGGAAGAGGACGGCGGUGACUACGAAGUGACAGCUGAAAACGAGUUUGGUAGUGUCUCUUCUAAGAGCACGGUCACCAUACAUACGCGAGAGAUUCAUUCGACGUUGAAUAAGGAAGCUAUUGUAGAGAGUGAAGUUGAUGACGAAAGCAAAAAGGCGAAGAAAGCAAUAGAAGAUGACGUAGAUUCCGGGAAGAAAAAGUCCGCUAAGUUAGCCAAGGCGGAAACAGUCGAGGAGAAAUCUAUAUGGGAUGAUGAAGAAGAUGGUAAAGCUAAGAAAACAAGUAUUGACGAUGUUGAUAAGCCAUCGCCCCGCGCAGCUAAGAAGUCGAUAACUGAGCCUGAAGUCGCUGAAGAAAAGUCCUUCUGGGAUGACGCUGAUGAUGACCAGAAAUCCAAAAAGCCCACGAUUGAAGAAGUUGACUCUAAACCAGCCAAAGCAAAGAAAUCUAUUACUGAACCAGAGGUGGCAGAGGAGAAGUCUUUCUGGGAUGACGCUGACGAUCAAAAAACUAAACAACCUAUUGUUGAAGAGCCUGACACUCCACUCCCAAGCAAAGCCAGGAAGUCUGUCACUGAACCCGAGGUGGCGGAAGAAAAGUCAUUCUGGGACGAUGUUGAAGACAAACCAAGCAAACCAACUAUUGAGGAAAUUGAUUCAACACCCACUGACACAGGCAAAAAAUCCUUCUCUGAACCCGAAACGGCCGAAGAGAAGUCAUUCUGGGACGAAAACCAUAACGAACAAAAUAAGAAACCUGUCAUAGAGGAGGUCGUUACUAAGAAGGAGGCUGGAGAGAAGAGUACAACCAAACCUGAGGUUAUCGAAGAGGUGCCUAUCGCUGAAGAGAUCAAAUCACCCAAACGUAAAUCGGUUAAAAAACAGUCUGUGGAAGAACCGUUAAGUGCUGAAACUGAAGGCCGAGUUUUUCAAACUGUUACUACAUUCAAGACAGGCGAGGACGGGGCUAUUAUUAUGUCUAAAGUCAGCAGCACUCGGUCUCAUGGCGCUAUUGUCUCAGGUCCAGCGGAAACGCACACUUUACACAAAAUGACGUCAACAUCACUUUAUUAUGAUGACGAUGACUUUUUCGGAGGCAGGCGGGUAAUACAGCCAAACAAACCCCAUACGACUUCACUGGAAGUCGAAGAAAUAGCUAGCCAUAGUUAUUUCUUGACUGAGAUGGGGCAUUAUAGCAUACCUGAUCAUAUACGGAGGGGCACUUAUGGUAUAAUCGAAGAGCCGACAACAGACUCAGAGGCCGACACAGCAUCGAGGUGCGGCAGACAAGGGGCAAACCGCACGGUGUCCAUCAUGUCCGUCUCCGAAGACGAGAUGAGCUGGCAAAACGAACCGCUGUCCAGAGAAAUAUCCAUCGAAGACCUUUCCAAAUCCAUAUUCGAUAUUGACGAAACUAGAAAAGUGUUCAGCAAAGACUCGUACGUUCGCUCAUCUUCUUUCAAAGAAGAUUACAUCAUAGGCGAAGACGAGGAAGAAUCACUCAUAGUAAGAGAGAAGUCGCAAAAGAUAUUCGAGAACGACAUCACAGAAAAACUUAUACACAUAUCGAAGGAAUUCGACGAAAACGAGUACAAAUCUGUCGAUAAGAAAAUUGAUAACGUUAAGAAUAGGAUUAUAGAAGAAUUAGUGUUAAGCCCCGUGAAAAAUUAUGAUAACAUUACAAAAGAUGUAACUGAAACGACGGUUGAGAGAAAGAGGAAGAAUGAUAGUAAGUUAGUUAUACUAGAAGAGGAGGAGGAUGACGAGAUCGAAGCCCUUCUGAAACGAAGCCAGAGACAAAGGAGCAUACUAGAUGAUAUUCUAAAUGUGGAAGACGAAAAAGCACCACCCACAGUCAAAGGUAGCGGUAUGAAAGACGGACAUGCGUACGAGUCCCUCCCUCUAGUCUACUCAGUAGAAGUCUCCGGUACUCCAAAACCGACCAUCCGUUGGCUCCAUGAUGGCAAGGAAGUUAAACCCUGCGGCAGGGUCCACAUCACCAAUGAUGGAGAUCUCUUCAAGCUGGAGAUCGAUGCCGUUCAGAUGAAGGAUGCUGGCAAAUGGCAGUGUGAGAUCGUCAAUAAUCUUGGAAAGCAAGUGCAGACUGCUGAGUUGUCAGUGUCGCCCGAAUCUGAGCUCCGCAAGCCCAAAUUCACGACGCCAUUGGAAGCUCAACGCGUGAUGCAGAAAGAACCAGUGACCAUGCAAGCAGUCUGCACGGCUGAUCCUCAGCCGCACGUGUCCUGGCUGCUGAACGGCAACGAGCUCACUCCUAGCGCCAACAUCAUCACUUCGGCUGAUACUAAGGAUCUGGAUCAUGGAUUGAAGGAGUGCACUUUCACUUUGCAAAUUCCUACCGGUCGUCACACAGACACCGGGGAGUACACCAUCGUAGCUAAGAACAAGUACGGCGUGGGCGAGAGUUCCGCCCGGCUCGACAUCCUGCUGCGGCCCGAGAUCGAGGGGCUGAAGGACGUCACCGCUGUGCCCUAUGAGGAGACCACCUUCAUCGCUAAUGUUAGGGCUAAUCCUAUUGCUGAGGUUAAGUGGCACAAAGACGGCUACGAGAUCCAGCCCUCAGGCCGGUACGACAUCGUAUCAGACAUGGGCGGCGCGGGCGAGGCCGAAGUACACAAGCUGACUGUGAGGAAGGUCGGCGUGGAUGACGCGGGAGUGUAUACGCUCAUCGCCAAGAAUGAUGUCGGGGAGACCUCGCAGCAGGCUCGGCUUAGUGUGCAUACUGGUGUACCAGUAUUCACCAAGCCUCUUCAAAAGCAAUCGGUGAAAGACUACGAUGACGUCACCCUCAAAGUCCGCUGCGACGGCGUACCCAAGCCCGACGUGCUCUGGUACAAGGACGGUGAGGAGAUCAGCAAUGAUGAACGGCAUAAGGUCACCACUGAAGUGGGGGGUCAGGUGGACAGUGAGCUGGAGAUUAAGCAUUUCAAUGCUAGUGAUGCUGGCAAGUACAAGGUCCGCGCAGUAUCCUUAGCAGGCGAGGCGUCAUGCGAGGCACCCAUCUCUCUAGAGCAGAAGGCGGCCGGCUUCGCGCACAAGCUCGACCGACAGAAGGACGUCGAUGAAGGAGAACCUUUAGAACUGAAGGCCAAGCUCGACGGCAGCCCCAUACCUACUGCCAUGUGGUUCAAGGACGGCGUCCCGCUAUCCCCGGAAGACUCCCACGUGCAGCAGACUGCAUUACCAGACGGCACGGUGAAGCUCAGCAUCGCGGCGGUGACGCCGGCCGACUGCGGCGCCUACAAGCUGGUCAUCUCCAACCCGCACGGCGACAGCUCCGCGCUCUGUGCCGUCGCUGUUAACCCCACACCAAGGAAACCAUCCUUCAGCCAGGAGUUAGAAGACGUGAAGGCAGUCGUCGGCCAGCCACUCAAGCUGGAAGCCAGAGUCAUGGCCUUCCCAGCGCCUGAGAUCAAGUGGUUCAAGGACGGUCUGCCAGUACGUCCAUCACAAGCCAUAAACUUCAUCAACCAGCCGGGCGGCCUUAUUGGCCUCAGCAUCGACAGCUGCAAGCCUGAAGACGCCGGCGUCUACUCGCUCACUGUCACCAACAAGCUUGGAGAGGUCGAAUCUAAAGCAAAGGUAGAAGUAGGUCAGAAGGAACGCAAGCCCGCGUUCAUUGCUGAGCUGCAGCCGACUAAGGUCAUCGAAGGCUUCCCAGUUAAACUCGAAGUCAAGAUCUUGGGACACCCACCACCUACUCUCAAGUGGACCCACAACGGCAAAGAGAUCGUCCCGGACGGACAACGCAUCCGCCUCGUGUCGCAGCCGGACGGUACUCACGCGCUGCUCAUCGACAAGGCCGCGCCGGCCGACGCCGGACAGUACGGCGUCACUGCCGUCAAUGAUAAGGGAGAGUCUUCUAGCAAUGCUGAUCUUACUGUUGCCAGUCGUACCGACGACUCGUCCCCCCAAGAGCGUCCGCGCUUCAUCCACGGUCUCCGCGACCUCACCGCUGAGGAGGGACAGCCGCUCUCUGUGUCCGCACCCUUCGUGGGCAACCCCGUGCCUGAGGUCAGCUGGACCAAAGACGGAGUGCCCAUCAAGCCCAGCGAGAAGAUACGUCUCACUUGUGAUGGCAAGAGGGUGGGCUUAGAAAUCAACCCGGUAGAACUCCCCGACGCGGGCGUGUACGGCAUCAAGCUAGUGAACCCGCUUGGCGAGGAUGCUUCAGAGGGCACCAUCAACGUGCGCAAGGUCUACUCCGCGCCCACAUUCUCGCAGAAGUUCACUGACCUGCAGCAGCUACCAACAUUCGACGCGAAAUUCCCGGCCCGAGUCUUCGGCAUCCCGUUCCCGGACAUCACGUGGUACAAGGACGGCGUUCCGCUGCGUCACAGCGACAAGUACAACAUCAAGCGUGACGGCGACGCGUGUUGUUUGUACGUGCGGGACCUGGUGGCGGGUGACGCGGGCCGGUACAAGUGUGUGGCCAGUAACAGGGAAGGGGAGGCCAGCUGUGAGGCGAAGCUUGAGGUUGUGGAUAAGAUCGCUCGUCAGCAGAAGGUGGAGCCGCCCGAGUUCCUGAAGAAGAUCGGCGACAUCGAGGUGUUCCGCGGCAUGAGCGCCAAGUUCACCGCCUGCGCCACCGGCUCGCCCGAGCCUGAUGUCGAGUGGUUCCGCAACGAUGAGCGUCUAUUCCCCUGCGAGCGUAUCCGCAUGGACAAGGAGAGCACGGGGCUGCUGCGACUGACCAUCAGCGGCGUGGACCCCACCGACGUCGGCACGUACCGCUGCAGGAUAUACAACCCGCACGGCGAGGACAGCUGCUCCGCUCAGCUUACUUAUGAUACCUUAGAACCUCACGUCUCCAAGCGCCCCAUAGGCGACCAGUAUUCGGACUUCGACAAGAUGAAGAAGACCGGCAUCCCCAUGCCUCUGGCCGACCCGCCCAUCAUCAGGAGCAUGGCUGAUAGACACCUCACCCUGGGCUGGAAGCCGUCUAUUCCUCAUGGACCUAGGUUCCCUGUUACUUACCAGGUGGAGAUGUGCGAAGUCCCGGACGGCGACUGGUUCACGGCCCGCACCGGGCUCCGCUCCUGUGUCUGCGACAUCCGCAACCUCGAGCCCUUCCGCGACUACAAGUUCCGCAUCCGCGUCGAGAACAAAUACGGCGUCAGCGACCCCUCGCCCUUCGCCAUCACCCACCGCGCCAAGCUCGAGCCCGACCCGCCCAAGUUCAUCCCCUACCUCGAACCUGGCAUCGACUUCCGACCAGAAACAUCCCCCUACUUCCCCAAAGACUUCGAUAUUGAACGUCCUCCCCACGACGGUUAUGCUCAAGCUCCACGGUUCUUGCGCCAGGAGUAUGACUCCCAGUACGGCGUGAAGGGACAUAAUGUGAACCUGUUCUGGUUCGUGUAUGGCUACCCUAAGCCGAAGAUGACGUACUUCUUCAAUGACGAGCCUAUUGAGAUCGGAGGUAGAUACGAUUGGAGUUACACCAGGAAUGGACAGGCUACGCUGUUUAUUAACAAAAUGUUAGAACGUGACGCGGGCUGGUACGAGGCCGUGGCCACCAACGAGCAUGGUCAAGCAAGACAACGGGUCCGUCUAGAAGUGGCCGAGUACCCCGCCUUCAUCAAGCGACCUGAAGAAGUCGUGGUGCUGGAGAGGAAGACCGCCCGGCUGGAGGCCAGGGUCACCGGAGUACCGUAUCCUGACAUCAAGUGGUAUAAGGACUGGCAGCCGCUGGCUCCUAGCAGUAGGACUAAGAUCCAGUUCAUCGAGCCCGACACGUGUAUCCUGGUGAUCCACGACGCGAUCCUGAAGGACGAGGGUCUGUACUCCAUCUCCGCGCGGAACGUGGCCGGCUCCAUCAGCUCCUCCGCCAUGCUGCAUGUCGAGGAGUCCGAACAUGAUUAUAAUGAUAGAAUGCGUGAACACCCGCCGCGUAUAAAAGCUUCGACGAAGCCGUUCGGCGACUUCUACGACCUCGGCGACGAGCUCGGCCGCGGCGUGCAGGGGGUGGUGUACCAUGCUGCUGAACGACUUACUGGCCGCAACUACGCAGCCAAGAUCAUGCACGGCCACUCAGACCUGAAACCCUUCAUGAAGAACGAGCUGGACAUCCUCAACCUUCUCAACGACCGUCACCUCGUCCGUCUCCAAGACGCUUACGAGCAUGAGCAUACCCUCGCCCUGGUGCUGGAACUGGCGGCUGGAGGGGAACUGGUCCGGGACCGUCUGCUGAGGAGUCAGGGCUACACGGAGAGGGAGAUAGCCGGGUAUAUCCGGCAGGUGCUGAGGGGGGUCAAGUAUAUGCAUGACAAUAGUGUCGCGCAUUUGGGGUUGACGAUCGGCGAACUCCUCCUAUCCCACGCUGGCAGCGACUCCAUCAAACUGUGCGACUUCGGCCUCUCGCGCCGCAUACAGUUCAACAAGCAUGCCUCCCUCGACUACGGCAUGCCGGAGUUCGUAGCCCCCGAGGUGGCCUCCGGAGAAGGCGUGUCCUUUGCCGCAGACAUGUGGAGCAUCGGCAUCAUCACAUACAUACUCCUCAGCGGACACUCGCCCUUCAGAGGAGUCAACGACCGGGAAACCCUCACCAGGAUCAGAGAAGGCACCUGGGACUGGCAUGACGAAGAGUGGUGGUCACGACUCAGUACCGAGAGCCGGGACUUCAUCUCCAAGCUGCUGAUCUUCAACUGGCAUGAGCGUAUGGACGUCAAUACGGCACUCUCCCACCCCUGGCUGACGUUAGCCGAUAAGAUUUACCAUGAAGAGUACCAGAUCUCUACUGAUAGGCUCAGGAAUUACUACAACUUGUACAGGGACUGGACGAGUAACGCACAAUGCCGCACGUGGUUCCGACGCAAGCCUCUGAGCGGGGCCUACGAGCAUCCCUCCAAGAUGGUCUACCCGCCAGGAGAGACGCAUACUCCUGAAGCCACACCGGAACGUGAGCGUCCCCCGCACGAUCGUCAGCCGGGCGAGCACGACGUCAACUUCAAGCAGUGGGACCAUCCCGACUGGGAGGUCUCCGCCAAGUCCGAGAGCCACUACCAGAACGGUCCGGACACGUACUUGCUGCAGCUGCGUGACACGCAGUUCCCGGUGCGGCUGCGCGAGUACAUGAAGGUGGCCUGCGACCGCUCGCCAGGGUACUCCCUCAACGUCUUCGAUACUUAUGAUCCUAGGACGCCCAUCAUCCGCGAGCGUCGUCGCUUCACGGACAUCAUGGACGAGGAGAUCGACGACGAGCGUCGCGAGAGGAUCAACAACUACGGCACCGAGUCCUACACCAUCCGCCGCCUGCGACACGAGCUCGGCACCCGCCUCGACUCCUACGCGGAGGCACAGGCCUUCAUGGAGUCCAAGAAAGACGGACAGCUCCCCUUCUUCCGCGAGAAACCCCAGCUCCUCCCCGUCAGGGAGGGGGAGACCGCACAACUCUCCUGCUUCGCCGUCGGAGACCCCAAACCCGUCAUCCAGUGGUUCAAGAACGACAUGGUCAUCGCUGAAGGACAACGCAUCAAGAUCAUCGAAGACGAAGAAGGCAGGUCCACUCUCAGGUUCGAGCCCGCUAAGCAUCACGAUAUUGGAUUCUACAAGGUUGUUGCCAGAAACAAAGUUGGUCAAACUGUAGCUAGGACGAGGAUCGUUGAAGCUACCACGCCUGACGCACCCGACAGUCCCACAGCCGCUGAAGUGUCCGACACUGAAGUGCUGCUGAGAUGGAAGCAGCCGAAGUACGACGGCAACUCGACGGUUAUCUGCUACAGCCUGCAGUACAAGGCGGGCGACAGCGUGGAGUGGCGUGACGUCGCCAACAACAUCGACCACGAGUUCUUCGUCGUCAGGAACCUGUCUCCCGACACCAGCUACCAGUUCCGUCUCUCCUCGCGCAACAGGAUCGGCUGGAGCGACAAGGGCAUCCCCACACACCUCGUCAAGACCAAAAACUCCGGAGCACCCAAAAUUGAAGUCACCAAAGCCAUGAGACAUCUUCAACAAAUCACUGAAUCAGGACAAGAGGUCACUUUGGAAGAGAACAAGCCCAAACUGGAUUAUUCCAUCGAGGAUAAACCAGUGGAGUGGGUGUCUUCUCAGCAGUUCACUGAACGUUACAGCUUCGUAUCAGAAUUAUGGCGCGGAAAGUUCUCGAUGGUCGUCAAGGGUAUCGACAAGACGAACGACAACGUUGUGGUCUCCAAGAUCUUGGAGAACCGUCCUGACACUGAGGUCCAGAUUCAGAGGGAAUUCGAAUGCUUAAGGAGGCUGAGACACGAGAGGAUAUCUAACUUAAUAGCUGCGUACCAGGCACCUGGGUCUUCCGUAUCUGCCCUUAUUUUAGAAAAACUUCAGGGUGCUGAUAUCCUCACGUACUUGUCUAGUCGUCACGAUUACACUGAACAGAUGGUCGCUACCAUUGUUACUCAGAUUCUAGACGGUCUUCAAUACCUUCACUGGCGAGGCUACUGCCACUUGGACCUGCAACCUGAUAACGUGGUGAUGGCUUCCGUCAGGUCUAUCCAGGUCAAACUGAUCGACUUCGGCUCCGCACACAAAGUAACUAAAUUGGGCACCAGUGUACCACAAGUUGGCGAAUUGGAAUACAAAGCACCAGAAAUAAUAAAUGAUGAGCCAGCGUACCCGCAGACGGACAUCUGGUCGGUGGGCGUGCUGACGUACAUCAUGCUGUCCGGCGUGUCUCCCUUCCGCGGCGCUGAUGACGCGGAGACCAAGCAGAACAUCUCCUUCGUCAGGUUCCGGUUUGAACAUCUCUAUAAGGAAAUUACACAGGAGGCGACGCGGUUCCUGAUGUUCCUGUUCAAGAAGGUCCCGCUGAAGCGGCCGCUGACGGAGGAGUGCUACGAGCACCGCUGGCUCACGCAGAGCGACUUCAUGAACAAGAAGCGCGAGCGGGCCGUCUUCCUCGGCAACAGACUGAAGGAGUUCUCAGACUCGUACCACGAGCGCAAGUCGCGUGAAGCAUCUCAAGCGGACACCGUGGGCGCAGCUUUCGGCGCCGCGCGGCAGCUGGCGAGGUCCAACAGCAUCCAGGACGAACUCCUCACCACCUUCUCCUCACACUAACACCUGGGAUUACACACCUUGUGUGUAGAUGGGUAGCGUCCAGUUUUGUAUGGCGGUUAUGACCUUCUGUCGUUGAUGAAUGUGUGACCAUUCGUGAAAAAUUUAUACAGUAAAGUUGAGUUCAUCGACAAUUUUUAACAAUAAAAUUAGAGCAUCUUGCUUGAUACUUGCAUACUGUUAUGUAAAUUUGUAUCAAAUUACUAAAUGUAAAAAUUCUCAAAUUAAAAAAAACCGCUACAAGCUUAAAACGUUCAAGUUUGAGUCCUGUAGAUUUUUUUACUUGAAAUAAAAAUAUAGAGAUCUGGACUUCGAUUUGACUGUACGAUUUUUAUACACUACCCAUCUACAACAUUGGAAAUUCCAAGUGUCCACUCAAAAUACAUUUUUCAUACAAACAUCAUGUACAUUUGAAUAUCAUCCAAACGAAAAUCUAGUCAUAAAGAACAAAUGUUACGACGGUUUUGUUAAUGUUAAGCUAUUUAUUGUAUACAAAUUUUUACUAUUUAUUUAUUAUUUAUACUAAUUGGAAUAUUGAUGCUCCAGUAUUAAUUACACUUAAUAAAGAGCAUUAAUUUGAUAAA